AUGAAUAUCGAAGAGCUCACUAUCUCGCAGGUACAUGAGGCCUAUCGUGAUGGCACCUGGACCUGUCGGAAUCUCAUUCAAGCAUUCUUGAACCGCAUUGAAAUGCUGGACAAAAAUGGCCCGUGUAUUAACUCAACACUUGCAAUUUCCGAUGUCGCCGUUCAGGAGGCCGCCGCUCUCGAUGACUACUUCAAAACGAAGGGCCAGUUCAUUGGCCGUCUUCACGGUAUUCCGGUACUGGUCAAGGACCAGGCUGAUACCAAGGGAAUGGUGACUACGUAUGGCUCCCAUGUUGCUAAGAACAACAUACCAACCAAAGACGCUUUUGUAGUUGAAAAACUAAAAAGCGAAGGCGCAAUCAUUCUGGGAAAGACUACGAUGGGCGAUUGGGCGACUACAUGGUUCUCAACGUCAUCUGUGACUAAUUGGAAGUUUACCCACAAUCCCUAUAAACUCGGACACGAUGUUGGAGGCUCAUCUUCCGGAUCUGCUGCGGCUGUGGCGGCUAAUUUCUCAAUUCUGGCCGUAGCAGAAGAUACUGGAGGUUCAAUUCGCUGUCCUGCAUCAUUCACAAAUCUUGUUGGCCUUCGUUGCACUCCUGGGCUGAUCAGUCGGACUGGAUUCUGCCCGCUUGUCAAAACUCAGGAUACACCGGGCCCGAUUGCCCGUACCGUAAGCGAUUGCGCUUUGAUGCUGGAUUGCAUGGUCGGCUUUGAUCCAAACGAUGAAUGGACCGCUGUGGCGGUUACUGCACCCAGACCAAACGGUGGAAGUUAUGCGGCAGAGCUCGACCCUAACGCUAUUUGCAAGUCAAAAAUUGGGAUCAUACGAUCACUUUUUGGGUCAGAUUCGGAUCCCGCUUGCAAUGCCGUAAACAAAUUAGUUAACCACGCGAUUUCAACCCUCCAAAAAACGGGGACGAUCUUCGUGGACGUAGAAUUACCACGUCUGAGGGACUAUAUGACAACUACACCAGCAUAUGUGGUCCGCUCACGCUCAGAUAUCAAUGCUUUUUUGUCCACUAAACCACACCUACCUCAGGAUGUUGCAGACAUUGUUCCUGAGAACCCCCCUCAUCCUUCUCUCGAUUUUACUUCCCAAGUUGCACAUGGCCCAUCCGAUCCAACAACCGACCCGACGUAUCUACAACGUCUCCUCGAUCGUGAUGAGUUCCAGAGACGCCUCACUUGUCUUAUGGCAACACAUGGUCUUGAUGCAUUGGCCUUUCCGGAUGUCCAAAUCCCACCACCACGUCACGAAGAUUCGACAAAUGGUCGCUUUCCGACCUGCUGGGAGUUUCCCACUAACACAUUACUUGCAAGUCAAGCUAGGGUCCCAGCGAUCAGUGUCCCCGUAGGGUUCACAGAGGAUGGACUGCCUGUGGGGAUGGAGCUCGUGAGCUGGGAAUACCGGGAACAGGCGCUAUUAGAAAUGGCCAGGGGAAUCGAGUAUCACAUUCCUUCGCGUCGGGCACCACAGCUUUGA